AUGGGGAAAACAAUAAUAAAGACGACACUGAUGCAAACAAUACUGUUCAUUCUCUCCAUCCUGCACUGUUUUUCGUCCACCAAUGCGCAAGUUGAGACCUCGAUUGGAGAGUCCUGUUUGGCAGUGGUGCGGGACAUUUUUGAAGAAAGUAGAAGGGAAUUGCUGUGCCAAACACCAUCAGGGAUGCUCUAUGUCGUUCCAUCAGUAAAUGACGAAUGGAUCGAACAAAAAAUGAUAGAAGGGAAACUGAUUAGCGGAGAAGUCUUGCUGGACAUUCCCCUUUACACACAGGUGAAUCGGCAGACAGAAACCUUGAUCCUAACAGAGGAACCCAGAUUUCUGGUGAAUGACGAUCGAUCCGGAUUUAGACGCCAAUUAUCGAAAGCCACUGGUGAAAGGACUGUGCUGGCAGUCCGAGUGGUAGCUUCCAAUGCUCAACUUUCCGUAUCGGAAAAUGCAUUGUCUCAGGCCGUCUUUGGUGGACCCUCAGAUUUUGUGAAUCUCAAGUCUCAAUAUUAUGCAUGUUCUCAUGGGAAGCUCAAUCUUCAAAAGCGACCCGACUUGAACGGUAAAUCCACCAAUAUUCGCAACGGUGUGGUUACCAUUCGUGUCAAUUUACCAGUGUCAGUGGGCCAUCCCAUUUUCGUAAAUGCGGUUUCCGAGAUUCUCAUUCGAGAAUUCGGGAUUACGCAGUCGCGAAUUGCGGAUCAUGUCAUGUAUUGCUUGCCGAAAGGUGUAUUCAAUGGGGUGGCCUUUGCCAUUAUGAACCGGGGAUUGUCUGUCUACAACGAUGAUUUGUGCACAUCUGUCAGCACCCAAAUGCACGAAGUGGGACACAAUUUCAAUCUUGGUCACGCUCAAUUGAACGAUGAGGAUUAUGGAGAUCAAAACGGAGUGAUGGGAUACUCGUAUCGAUCAAGCGAGGCACCGAAAAUGUGUUUCAAUGCUGCACAAACAUAUCAGCUUGCUUGGUUCCGAGACAAGUCUAUAUCGUAUACUCCAGGAAAGGGUGCUUGGUCCUUUGACCAGACCUUUACAAUUUCCAGCAUGAUGGAUUACCGAAAUACUCGGGAGUAUGUCAUUGUGCAGAUUGUCCAGCCAAAUCAGAAAAUGAAUUACUAUAUUGGGUUUAAUGCUGCCAAGGGUGCCAAUUCGGGAGUCCGGGCUGGCCAGAAUCAAGUCUUGGUAUAUGAAAGGCCAAGGCAGGAUGGUAACGAUUCCACACGAAUCGCGGAUCUGUCGACUGGCCAAACAUUUACCAUCAAAGACUUCAAUGGUGCCAAGGGAGACACGCUCGUAAUUUCCGUCCUGGACAUUUCACUGUCUUCCAUUGCCAGUGAAGCGCUCGUGAGCAUUAUGCUGAAUCGCCAAAACAAUGGUGGCAAUACUUCGCCUGCCACCAAGAGGCCGACUCGGCCACCCACUCGGCCACCCACUCGAAUGCCCACUCCUAGACCUACACCAAGACCGACACCCAGACCAACUCCCCGACCUACCCGUGCUACGCCGAGUCCUACCAGAGGAAUCUUUGGAAGAAAUCCUGGUUGGGACAAUUUCAAUUUUGUCGACAACAACAACAACGCGUCGAAUUGUGGACGUGCCAUGACGAUUUGUGAUAUUGACAGUGACUGUUGUUCUGGAUUGUCCUGUCGCCGCGUCUCCUUGGACGCUAGCUUUGACAAUGUGUGUCGACCGGUUACCAAAACGGACAAGAACAAAUUGCCACGACAGAACAUUAAUUGGUGGGAUCGUCGACGACGAGGACUAAAGGGGGAUGACUCAGCCAUUUUGCCACAUGAGCUGGAGGAUUUUGUUGUUGAUGUUGAUGAUGCCACCGUUAGUGCCUAA